GUUGGCUGCUUGGUGACGAACGAACUACUACUCCUGACCCUUACUUAAAGUGGACUAGGAUGUCAAAAUGCAGCAAUCGGAUUGCUUUAAUCUCUCAAACCAAGCCAUUUCAGCCUCUAUGGUCCAUACUACUGGAUGUAAACCACCUCUCCUGAAACCGAACAAAAGAUUCAAUCAAUAGCACAAAUCAGACACAUCCAGUCUCCAAUCAUAUGCAACAGACAUUUACAGAUACAGCUCACGCUGGCGCUCAAAUCUCAAUCUGCUGCAGAGGCCAGAGGACACAUCCCCACACCCCAUAUACGCAUCCAUCACCCUGUCUCCUCAUCCUACCCCCCACUCGUGUGCCGUCCCUGCCCAAACAGCUGCCAAUGCCGGCCCCGUCCUCUCAUCAUAUCGCAGGAUGAACUGAGCGUCCAAGUCGCAACCAACUGGGACUGGGACUUGGCAUCAUAGCUUCUUCUUCCUCCUUUCUAUUUGAUGGAAGAAGCAAGCCCAAGCGCGAGUGCGAGGCUGCAAUGCUGAGGCGCGACGUUCAGGGAGAAGCUGCCGCUGGUGCUGGUGAAGUGACGAGGAAGCCUUGCACGACCAAGAUCCGGAAGCGGUGCGCGCUGUCGUCGUCGUCCGGCGCGACGUCGGACUCUUUGAGGAGGCUGAGGCUGAAGCGAGGCGUGGUGGUGCUCCGGCGGACGGGAGGAGGCGCUGGAUUUUCGCCGUGCCCGAGCAGGAAGAUGUCGGAGUCGUCCUGGACGCGCGGUCGCUCUGACGGGGUGAACUCGUCAGCGAAGGUGUCGGCCCGGAAGCUCGUCAACGCUCUGUGGCAGAUGAAUGAGGGCAGUUUGCUCCUCCAGGAGGAGGAGGGAGAGGCCGGGGCCCGGGGCUCCGCGGCACAUCGGCGCUGCGCGUCAUCGGUAGAGAUUCCCAAGAGGUCAAGAACGAAGAGCAGGGUUUUGGAUGCUGACGGCGAAUGGUUUUCAGAUAAACUGAGCAACGGCGGCACUGUGGGGGUGCACGCACGGGGUGAAGACUCGAGUUCGAUGUGUUCGAUGGGCCGCGAGUACAGAAACAGAACGGCCCACCUGCAGGACAUGUACAGGAGCCUGACGGCGUCCAGGGAGCUGGUGAGAGUCCUGGCCAGCAUCUGGGCCCCCGGAGACCUGAACCCGUCCACGGCGGCGUCGCUCCUCGCCGCCCUGCGCUGCGAGCUGGACCUGGCGCGCGCCCACGCGCGGCAUCUCGCCAAGGAAGAGUCCCGCCGCGGCGCCGAGGAGGCGGAGCUCCUGAAGAAGCGGCUGGCCGCGGAGGCGCACGCGUGGAAGAUCCGGCAGCGGGAGAAGGCUGCGGCCACGGUGCGGGUCGUGGCCGAAGAGCUGGAGGGCGAGCGGCGGUCGAGGCGGCGGGCGGAAAGGGUGAACUGCAAGCUCGGGGACGCCCUGGCCGAGACGGAGAGAGAGCUGCGGGCGGCGGAGAAGGAGCUGGAAAGGGAGAGGAAGUCGAGGGAGCGGCUGGAGAAGGUGUGCGAGGAGCUCGUGGGGGGCGAGGAGAUGAGGGCCGCCGCGCAGGCGGAUCUGGACAAGGAAAGGGAGAUGCUGCGGCUCGCGGACGAGCUCCGUGAGGAGCGGGUCCAGAUGAAGCUGCUCGAGGCGCGGCUCCAGUUCGAGGAGAAGAACGCCGUCGUCGACCAGCUCCGGGGCGAGCUCCAGGCCUUCCUCGACACCACCAAGAAAGAAUCGCCUGCCGCGGCAGAUGACGAUAAUCACAACGCAUCUCAAGGCGCGUUCGAUGAUGACCCCAUCGCUCCGGUUGCUCUCGGCAACAAGACGGAUAGAGGAGAUCAAGACGAAGGAGGCGCCCAAGAUGAUGACGAUUCGGAAGGCAGCGACAUGCACUCCAUCGAGCUGAACGCGGAUGGCAGCAGGCAGGAAUGCGGCUGGAGCUACGGCACGGCUGCUGCUUCCAAGGAGAAGGCGGCGUCGGAAUGCGCGGUCGAUCCGUGGUUCGACCGGCAAUCGCUGGGGGAAUUUGAAGGAGGCCAGCCGUGGGACAACGAUGACGAAGGGUGCAGCGUCCGGACCAGGGACGACGUCGACGAGGACUCGGAGAGGUACCAGGCCAUCAAGAACCUCAGGGAGCAGAUGCUGGCCGGGCAUGGGUUCAUCUUCCUGUCGCAGGCAGACGAAGCACAUGCUGAGAGACAGUAUGAUCGCUACGGUCUGAUGUACCAUGAUGAAGACGGAAAACGGUGAUGAGACAUUCAGACUGGCGUGGAGCGAAAUGAUCCAGUUGGCGGCGGAUCGAUCGGUUGGUGUUAAUACCGGUUUUGUUUUCCCUUCAAACUGUGUGCAUAUAUACCUCAUCUGCUCUCUUCUCCUCUGGAUGAUCAUUCUUUCAUAGGAAUGUUUUGUGUUCCUGGGAAGCGGGCGAGUGUCAAUAUAUAUGUUCUUCCUGCAUUUGCUAUUUAGAAAUUGGAACUUCUAAAAGUUGGCCAA